GUGCGGUCCGGACCGGGGCUCGGGGAGGCGCCCAGCGGAGCGCUGCACAUCCGAGGGCCCGGGCCCGGCGCUGGGCCGCCCGGACGCCCGGGGUCGGCGCCGCGUGGCCCCCGCGUUCCCCGCCGCCGCCCGCGCUCCCCGCCCCGAGCGCCGCCCCUCCCUCCGGCCCGCCUCCCGCCCCGCUCCCUCCCUCCCUCGGCGGCUGCCUCGCGGCGCUCCCGGCGCACUCGGAGCCCGGCGGGGACCGGGAGGCAGAGGCGGGCGGCCCUGGGUCCGAGUGCCGGAGCCGAGCGGGGCCCGGGGGCCGAAGUUUGCCGGCGGCUCCGGGAGGUGGCGCGGGUGGCUUCCAGCCCCUGGUCGUGUCCUCGCCGGGACCCGCCGGCGAGCCGCGGCCCGGCCAACUCCGCGGUGGGGACGCUGUGCCGCGAACUUGAGGCCCGAGAGGGAUGUGAAGGCCCAAAAUGACCCUCUUACCGGGAGACAAUUCUGAUUACGACUACAGCGCGCUGAGCUGCGCCUCCGACGCCUCCUUCCACCCAGCCUUCUUCCCCCAAAGCCAGUCACUCAAGGGCGUCUUCUACCGCCGAGCCCAGCGGCUGCGGCCGCAAGACGAGCCCCGCCAGGGCGGCCAGCCAGAGGACCGCAGGCGCCAGAUCAUCAUCAACGUGGGCGGCAUCAAGUACUCGCUGCCCUGGACCACGCUGGAGGAGUUCCCGCUAACGCGGCUGGGCCAGCUCAAGGCCUGCACCAACUUCGACGACAUCCUCAACGUGUGCGAUGACUACGACGUCACCUGCAACGAGUUCUUCUUCGACCGCAACCCGGGGGCCUUCGGCACCAUCCUGACCUUCCUGCGGGCCGGCAAGCUGCGGCUGCUGCGGGAGAUGUGCGCCCUGUCCUUCCAGGAGGAGCUGCUCUACUGGGGCAUCGCCGAGGACCACCUGGACGGCUGCUGCAAGCGCCGCUACCUGCAGAAGAUCGAGGAGUUCGCCGAGAUGGUGGAGCGGGAGGAUGAGGACGACCCGCUGGACAGCGAGGACCACGACAGCGAGGGCCCCUCGGAGGGCGAGGGCCGCCUGGGCCGCUGCAUGCGGAGACUGCGCGACAUGGUAGAGAGGCCGCACUCAGGGCUGCCCGGCAAGGUGUUCGCCUGCCUGUCGGUGCUCUUUGUCACCGUCACCGCCGUCAACCUCUCCAUCAGCACCUUACCCAGCCUGAGGGAGGAAGAGGAGAAGGGCCAGUGCUCCCAGAUGUGCUACAACAUCUUCAUCGUGGAGUCUGUGUGUGUGGGCUGGUUCUCCCUCGAGUUCCUCCUGCGUCUCAUCCAGGCGCCCAGCAAGUUUGCCUUCCUGCGGAGCCCGCUGACGCUGAUUGACAUGGUGGCCAUCCUGCCCUACUACAUCACCCUGCUGGUGGACGGCGCCGCCGCGGACCGCCGCAAGCCCGGCACAGGCAACAGCUACCUGGACAAGGUGGGGCUGGUGCUGCGGGUCCUGCGGGCGCUGCGUAUCCUGUACGUCAUGCGCCUGGCCCGCCACUCACUGGGGCUGCAGACGCUGGGGCUCACGGCCCGCCGCUGCACCCGCGAGUUCGGGCUCCUGCUGCUUUUCCUCUGCGUGGCCAUCGCCCUCUUUGCCCCCCUCCUCUACGUCAUCGAGAACGAGAUGGCCGAUAGCCCCGAGUUCACCAGCAUUCCCGCCUGCUACUGGUGGGCCGUCAUCACCAUGACAACUGUGGGCUAUGGCGACAUGGUACCCAGGAGCACGCCUGGCCAGGUGGUGGCGCUCAGCAGCAUCCUCAGCGGCAUUCUCCUCAUGGCCUUCCCGGUGACCUCCAUCUUCCACACCUUCUCCCGCUCCUACCUGGAGCUCAAGCAGGAGCAAGAGAGGGUGAUGUUCCGGAGGACCCAGUUCCUCAUCAAAACCAAGUCGCAGCUGAGCAGCAUGUCCCACGACAGUGACAUCUUGUUUGGAAGUGCCUCCUCAGACACCAGAGACAACAACUGAGCCCAGAGGACACACCCCGCCACCGCCACCGCCAGGACGCCCCCAGCCCUACCCGCCCUCUGAGGCUUGAAGCUAUCGCCAUCACUACAGAAGCCUUCAAAGGCACGUGCUGCUUCUGAGCGCAGCCCUGGCCUAGGAGAGACCGAGCCACGCCCCAGGGAGGAUGUCCCAGCAUCCAUCCGCAGGGGGUCCCUGGUCCUCAGAGUCCAGAAGGGAAGCCCAGCACACAGCCCUGUCGGUCCCCCCGCCCGCCCCAGCCCCCACGCCUGUUUCCCUAAUAAGGAAAUGGCUUGUUCUUUCCACAAUGUAAAUAACAUGCCCAGCAAAGACUUGCUUUCUGGGGCUGCCUAGAGAAAAAAUACAAACAGCAGCAGCUACACAUCUGUCUUUAGUGUGGAUCAUAUGCAAUUAAAGAAAACCGGUGAAAAAGAGAGAAAAAGCCUUCCAUGGAGCUCUCUUAAGAGAGGAAACGGCGCUUCCCAGCAAGGCCAGCCAGUGUGGGAACCAGAAGUAAAAGGGCCUG